CGGUUACCUUAUAGAGCCGUUCACAAAUAAAGUUUGGCUCUUCAGCUGUGCUCAGCUGCUCAAAAUGACGCUGUUGAAGUGUCAGCAUUGUGUUGGAGAGGAUAAAGCAGCAGAGGAUACAGAGCAUGUGGAGAAAAUCUUGCCACCCGGCUAUAGUCAUCUACUUUGUCAUCAUGAACUGCUGGAAAUGUCCGGGGAUGUUGAAAACUUCAGAGCGGCUCUUAAAUUGCAAAUGACUACUGAGGAGCAGGUCCAGAAGUGGCUGGAGGACUUCCAAAAGUCCUCAGCUUUAACAUGGAGGAAAUCUAGGACGUAUCCUGACUCUGGACGCUACAACAAAUACAGAGUGGAUCUGAGAUGCCAACACAAAACAUACAGUUCAUCAUCCAAGACGACCAAAAAUACCAACUGCCCUGCCACCAUGUUUCUUAUUCUCAAGAGAUUUAUGUAUGAAAGAAAGUCCAGAUCAGGAGACCCACACAUUGAAGAGGGUUAUUUCCUUCAUGUGAACCUGAGGAAUGAACAUAAUCAUAGACUGAACACAGCAGAGGUCAUGAGGUGGAGAGAUGUGUCAAAUGACACCAUUGAAAAGCUACAACAGCUCUACAAAAGCGGUCACUCUCCUUCAUCUGCCCUCAAAACUAUUAAAUACAAUCUGCAGGAAGAGGAAGGCGAUAACUACAUUUAUGCUAUAGCCGAUCGAUCUGUUUGCCCAGACCUUCAGUUCUGCUACAGAUUAUACCACAAGCUUUUUCAGAAAACAUGUGCUGAACCUGCAGAGAAGGACAUUUCAGACGAGCUUUUUAAACCGUUAGAGUUGGAACAAUCAUGGGAGACGGCAGCAGUGACAGCAGAUGGACACAGUGCGUGCAUUGAAGAUGGAGUGUCUGUUGACGCUGUACCAAUGAUCACCACAGAAGCAGAGCAUUUCACAGAAGACAAUGAGCCAGGCCCAAGUGCAACUGAAGAGGUCGUUGGGUCUUUGGAUGGACAGCUUGAAGAGAUCUUUGGGAUGCUGAAAAGGAAGCUGAAUGAGGAUGCAAGUUUUACACCGCCUAUAAGAGCUUUUGUGUCCAGUUUCUUUCAAAUAAAGACUGACAGUGCUCUUCAGGCAUCACUCUUUUCCUUUGGUAAGGCCACUCCGAUAAUCAAUCAGAUCAAUUUACUACCAGCUACAAGUCCACGGAGAAGAGGGGCUUUGGCUGGACGAAGAGCUGUUGGCAGACCCCCAAAGAACUCAAGAAGAGAGCACCCAUACUGCAACAGCAGAUCCAACAACACUCCCCAAACUCUCACAUUCUGUUUGCAAGACAAUAAUACCCUUGAGAAGACAGAUUAACCACCUAUCCCCAACACAUUACCACCUCCAGCAGCAGCAUUUGGUGGGUGUACACAUCCAAACACUAUAUAGAGGCUUGAAUCAAUAAGCCUUCAGAAGAUUGGCAUGAACAUCAUGAAACAUGAACAUUUCAACAUGAAAUCAAUAUUUACCCCAUUUACUUUAUAUUUCUGGUCUUGAUUGCACAGUUCAACAGUGCAUGUUAUUCUAGAAGAGAAAACAUUUGUGUUUGUAAUUUUGAUCACAGUGUAAUAACUGUUUUUUUUUUCAUGUAUGAAACUCAACUUUUCAUCAUGUGGUCAAUUGACUGAUCAAGUUCUACCUUAGGUUGUUUUUUUUUUCUCUCAAUUGAAUCAGUUUCACUCUGCAGUGUCAUAUCAUGACUUAAUAAAGUAACUGCAAAUGCUGGCCACCAUAUAUUUAAAGGUGUCCAGACACCUGAACCUGUUAUUUUAACGACCCUAUAGAAAGAGAAAAUAUGUUUCUGAUAUCUUCAUUGUCCAGACCCAUGUAAUGUGAACAAGCAUUACUGCUUUUAUGUCAUAUGUCACCAAAGUUUAUUUAUGUCCAAUGCUGCUUCAGGGUUGUGUGUGAUGGUGUGGUUUACAUUUUGUCAAAAUAUCACUUGAUAUCACAUGUAAAUUCAUGGGUUUUCAGUAUCAUGAAUGGGAUGAUUUAAAUAAAUAGUGUAAUAAAUA